AUGCCCGACAUGGGUUUCUACGAAGAACGCCAACAACGACAACAGCAUUUCCAUGUCUACGAUUACGGUCACUUCUCCCCCGACACCACCCUCUCCUCAAGCCGAAACGCUACCGCUGCCUCCCCUGUCACAACUGCCGACAAAAAAAAGACGAAAGGUGCUUGGUGGCGCAAUGACGAGGAUCAGCUCUUGGUCCAAGCCUACCUUCUAGCCAACAAGGAUGAAAAAGUUGGCUUCAACCAAGAUUUCAAACCGUUUUGGCAACGCGUUUUUGAAGAGUUUCAAAAAGGCGGCAAUGACAAGAACCGCACCCCCGAAAAUUGUCAAGAUGUUGGGAAAUCGUCAGCGCGCGAAUCGUGA